AUGUCGUCGCCAUUUCGCAUUGUCGAGCAUGUCGUGGAAUCCCAGUAUAUCCGCGAAUACCCUGGCGCCACGGCCAAUGAGCAGGAAGAACCCUUGAAACUGGCCGUGAAACAAUACAUUCCCCUCGACAACCCCAAUCCCCAACCCGGCGAUGUGACGAUCCUCGCGGCACACGCCAAUGGGUUUCCCAAAGAACUAUACGAACCUCUCUGGGAGGAAAUCCACGCUCGAUCCAAAGAAGUCGGAUUCCGCAUUCGAAGCAUCUGGAUGGCCGAUGUAGCUUGGGAAGGAGAAAGCAGCGUGCUCAAUGAAGAUUCCCUAGGCAACGACCCAAGCUGGUUCGACCACCCGCGCGAUCUCCUCCAUCUAGUCAACGUCAAACGGACAGAAAUGCCCCGACCAAUCGUUGGCAUCGGACACAGUAUGGGUGGUGCGCACCUUACACAAUUAAGCUUGAUGCACCCCCGACUGUUGCAUACCCUGGUGCUACUCGAUCCGGUCGUACAGCGUCAAACCACUCAGCUGGACGGCUUCAGUCUCCGCGAGAACAAACGCCUCAUCGCAAAGACCACUCAGCUCUCCACCCACCGCCGUGACAUUUGGCCUUCGCGCCAGGCUGCCGCCGAGGGCUUCAAGCGUAGUCCCUUCUAUCAAGCAUGGGAUCCCCGCGUGCUAGACCGCUGGGUAGAGUACGGGCUCCGCGAUCUCCCCACGGCUAUCCACCCGCUCGACGGCAAACCCGUCGAUGCGAAGAACCCGCCUGUCACAUUGCGUACCCCGCUCCAUCAGGAAGUCUUCACCUUCUCACGGCCCAACUACAACCAUGUCCCUGGAAGCGGCAAGGCCAUCAACCGGGUAACGCAUCCAGAUCUCGAUGAAACCCACCCAGACUCGUAUCCGUUCUACCGGCCUGAGCCGGUGCGGAUUUUCUCACAGCUGCCGCACCUCCGUCCGAGUGUGCUAUAUGUCUUUGCAGGCAAGUCCUAUAUGUGUAUGCCUCAUAUGCGAGCCGAUAAGCUCGCCAACACGGGUACGGGUCUCGGUGGUAGUGGCGGUGUUGCAGCGGGUCGAGUGCGUGAGGUCUUCCUCGAGGACUUUGGUCACUUACUGGCCCAGGAAGCUGUAAAUGAGUGUGCUGAUGCGGCGGUCUGCUGGUUGGCCCCGGAACUGCGGCGCUGGCGGGACGAGGAGGAGAGCUUCCGGUCUGUGUGGCAUAAGAAGUCCAAGCUCGAGAAGCAGACGGUUGAUGCAGAGUGGUUGAAGCAUGUCCCAGCGCCAGCGCGUCGGCCUAAGAAGGCGGAGCCUGGGUCGAAGCUGUGA